GGUGACAUGACGAAAAGUUUCACGUCAUCGUGUGCAUUUAUUAAGUAUUUACUGAAUCGUUGUUAAUUUUAAAAGCCUUCAUUUCUUUUAAAGUUCUGGAAUAUAUAGGUAUUGCGUUAAUACUCACCAAAAUGCUUUAUCUCGAGGAUUAUCUGGAAAUGAUUGAGCAUCUUCCUCAAGAGCUUCGAGACAGAUUUACAGAAAUGAGGGAAAUGGAUUUAUCAGUGCAAAAUAACAUGGAUACAUUAGAGAAACGAGUUAGAACUCUAUUUGGUGGAUGUCGUCGUGGUGAGAUAAACACCGACCAGGCGAACACCGAGUUUGCUGAUAUCAAGAAGGGAUACAAUAAGACACUGGAGGAAGCAGAUGAGAAGGUUACACUCGCCAGUCAGAUGUAUGAUCUGGUUGAUAGAUACUUGAGACGGCUAGAUACAGAACUACAUAAGUUUAAAUGUGAAUUAGAAGCGGACAAUAAGGGUAUAACUGAACUAUUGGAGAAGAGAUCCUUAGACCUUGAUACAAACACAAAUCAUUCCGGUUCAUCCAGUAAUAACCAUUACAAAGAAAAUAGAUAUAGAAUCCGCGCUGAGAAGAGACGCGACAGUUGGGGCACGAGAGAUGCGAGAGCUCACGCUAGUAAUGGCAACUUGUCCAGGACAGACACCGCUAUACAGGCUGUAUUGGGUCGUGACACAUAUUCUCUGGGUCAUGCUGGUAGUACUAUAGCGGUGGCUGCCAGCCAGGCCAUUGCCGCUACACAACAGAUGCACCACGGGAGACGCACGGCGUCGCUGAAGGCGUCUUACGAAGCAGUGGCGGGCGGUGACCUCGCACACCACGCACUCUCCGCACACGCCGCACACGCCGCACACGCCGCACACGCAGCGCACGCCACGCACCACGAUCAUGGUCACGGACUAUCUAGUCACAGUCAGAGCAGCUCCGUGCACGGUCACCAUACAACCUCUCACACACACACUAAUUCCACCUCCAAUAAACGACACAACAAACAAAAAAAAAGCACAUACAGUGCAACAACUAGUGCAGCGCACGCGCAGCAAACAAUAUCUGCGGCUGCCAGUCGCUCCUCCUCUCCCACUGUUGUUGGCAUCAACAACGUAGUGAACAAUGUGACAAUAGAGGAGCCAAUGGAGGAGGAGUGGACUUAUGACCCCAACGAGCCGCGAUACUGCAUAUGCAACCAGGUGUCAUACGGUGACAUGGUCGCCUGCGAUAAUCAAGAUUGCCCAUACGAAUGGUUCCAUUACCCGUGCGUGGGCAUCACCGCGCCCCCGAAAGGCAAGUGGUAUUGCCCGCAGUGUCAGACCAACAUGCGUCGCAACAGGAACCGCAAGAACUGAACUUUCACAUUAUUACGUAUUAUUGCAA